CAGCGCUACAGGACUUGAUGAAGAAACUGGAGAUACAAACCAAAGAACUUCACACACAGGAGGCUGAACUGCAGGCAAAAGAAUCAGAUGUGAGAAAGAGAAGACAACAGCUGUGUGAGGAACACGAUGACAUUCAGAGAGGAGUACAGUCUCUCCCGCUACUGCUGAAGGAGAAUCAGGAUCUUCAUGAUGAGCUGCAGCGAGUGCGAGCAGAUGUUCAGAGAGAGAGAGCAGAGAGAGAGCGAGAGAGCUGCAGAGUGAUGGAGAAGAGACUGUUACCCCUGCAGGAGAGAUGUGAACAACUCGCCUCGAGAGUCAGUGAACUGGAGCAGACGAACACGGUUUCCAGGGUUAAAAUUGGAGGAGACGAGCAGAAGAAGAUGAAGAAGCAGAGAGAGAAUCAUCUUCGUCUGGAGGAUCUCGAGGCUCCGGCCAGUUCACCUCCAGACAGUGACACCAGUGUGGACGGUGUGAGACAGUACAUGUGGAAUGAGAGCGUCUCUCUCUUCAGAGCCCGUCAGUUUCUGGAUAGACAGAGUGCUCAUGUGUCGGACAGACAGGCAGCACUGCAGGCAGCUCACAGCAGUCUGAAGGACCCCACAACUGAGAGCUCCACCCAACAACAUCAACAACAUCAGCUCUACCACAACCUGCAGCAGGAGGUGAAGGAUCUGUCUGAGUUGACAGAGACGCUUCAGAAGGGCCAAACUUUACUAAAAGAAAAAGAGGAAAAAUUAAACCUGCUGGAAACAUCACUAACUGAAGAGGUACGACACACACACACACACACACACCGUGAGUAUCGUGAAACGUGUGUAUGAUUGUGAUUUCAUCAUGUGACUAGGAGGCACAUGGGGACUCGUGUCACCGUGGGGACCAAAAUUGAGGUCCUCAUGGGCACAAAAGCUUAUAAAUUGUACAGAACAAUAUUUUUUACAAAUCUAAAAAUGCAGAAAGUGUUCUAUGAUCUUUAGGUUUAGGGAUAGGGUUAGGGAUAGAAUAUACAGUUUGUACAGUAUAAAAACAUUACGCCUAUGGACUGUCCCCACGGGGAUAGUCAACCAAA